AUGCUUUCAAUAGAAUCGCUUUUCGGACGUGGCGCCUCUGUCGACGCGCCCUACGACGCACGGGCAUCGAUCGCGACCGGUUUUGCUCGGGUGCGCCGGCACGCCCGGUUCCACCCGGGCGCCUGGUCGAUACCCGGUUCAUGGCCGCACGGUCACGGCGGCGUGAACCAGCUCGGCGGGGUGUUCGUGAACGGGAGGCCGUUGCCCGACGUGGUGAGGCAGCGGAUAGUCGAGCUGGCGCAUAGUGGGGUCAGGCCCUGCGACAUCAGCAGACAGCUGAGGGUAUCCCACGGCUGCGUUUCGAAGAUCCUGUCGAGGUACUACGAGACGGGCAGCUUCAAGGCCGGCGUCAUUGGGGGCUCAAAGCCGAAGGUCGCCACGCCGCCGGUGGUAGACGCCAUCGCGGCAUACAAGAGGGAGAACCCGACGAUGUUCGCCUGGGAGAUCAGGGACCGGCUCCUCAGCGAGGGGAUUUGCAGCCAGGACAACGUGCCCUCAGUGUCCAGUAUCAAUAGUCAUUCGUCCGCCAUUUUCGCGGCUCCAACGGCAAGGGGUUGCGUGACGCGCAGAGUACGCACCGGAAGGCGGGAAGCGAGCGGGCGAACAAAGAUGGCGGCGCCGGAAGCUGAGACACGUGCUCCGCGCACCGGAAAUCCCGUGCCUUGCGUCCAU